AGGGAAAGAACUCACAAAGUCUACCAAAUCUUUAGUCGCAAACCGCCCUCUGUUGUCUGGAAAACCUUGAAUUCAAUGCAAGUAACUCAUGUGGUUAUUGACACGCAGUGGUGCCGGGGGAGACCAAAGUAAGUAGUAGUUCUUCCUCAACAGUUGUAGAUAUGAUUUGCCCAUUUUCCGAUGCGACUGUAGGUAUUUUAAUACCUACAGUCCUAAAAACUGAACUCACGUGAUUUCAGAUGCGUAGCCAGCUUUUCGUCUAAUUGUAGGCCCGGCUGACUUUUAUUUCCACAUAUCCUGAAAAUUGCACCCAUGACUAGUUCACCCCAAGAACGCAUAAUAUAUUACAAGCGGUAGUGUGAUCAAAAAAAUAAAUUUGUAGGCCCGGGUCUACAGGUGUAUGGGCUGGCUAUGCCCCUGGAUUUGGAGUACAGUUUGGAAUCAAACCGCAAAAAGCAUGAUUAAAUUUUUUUCCAAUACCAAAGGGCGAGGUCUUAACAAGUGCUGAUAUAUUCAAAAUUACCAAAGGAAAAUCGUGUAUGUUUUUAGCAUUAUAAAAACAUGUUCUGCCUUGGAAAUGCAAUUUUCGGGAAAUCACUACUAAGGAAGCCAAAUGAAAAGAAACCUUGUAAGAACACCAUGUCCCUUUUCCGCACUUUUUCUCAAAAUGCAUUCAUCGUAGCUCAUUAUAGUCGCGAAAUUUUUGCAUAAAUAUUUUUAGCUUACAAAUUAUCCACCCAAAGACUUCUCCGGCAUUUCGCUCCAUUUUUUACACGCAAGGCUGAGGCUUCAAUGGACAGCAGUUUCAUACAAAUCAAUGUGUUAAGUCGCCUGAAGUCUCGAGUAGCUGCCUCUGUUCACGGCCAAACUCGUUCCCAGGGUUCUCUAGAGAGAACCUGGGAACGAGGUUGGUUCACGGUCGGUUCGCCACUUUAGAAACUAGACUUCUGGGAUUUUUGCUAGAGACGGGGGGAAACAAUUGGCCAAUAGCUGACUGACGCGUCCCCAGUAACGAUUCCAGAAACAAUUGCGGGACGCCUUUCGGUUUCAGUUCACUUCUCCUUUCUUACGUGGCGAAUAGGCCAUUUCCGAGUUCCCCGGGCCUCUGUAUCAAAACGAGGUUAAGUGCUCGACCUUUGAUAUAGAAAUGAUUUUUCAUAUAUAUGCAAAUAAAACACAUUUUCACAAGAAAGGUUUUCGCACCUAGCGUCAUUUUGAAAGUGGGGGUUUUGGGAACUCGGAAGUGGCCUAUUUUUCUCCCCGUAUAAUUCUGUGUUUGCGACUCUCUGCAGGCCUGGUUGUGGCAUGGUUGACAUCUGGGACUUAGAAGAUGUAGAAAACAGAAACCGACCGAGCUGUUGCAAUGCCCUGGAACAGAAUCCAACCCCUUUUAAAAUGGUGUUCAGCAAUGCGAAAUACUACGUUUUCCGAAUCCAUAACAGCUGA